UAGUUAUGGCCAUUAAUAUACGCGAUUGGCUGCCGCUGUUAUUUUGUGGCCUUUCCAUACCAAUUUCCCUAUUUAUGUGGCUGGGAAAUUCCUUUCUCUCAAAGCUAUGGACAAAUGAAUUUGAAGGUAUCAAAGUAGAAUCUCCUGUUAUACCGCCCACAAGAUGGUUAUUUUCAAUACUGGCCCCAUUUAUGCUAAUGGUGGUGGCAUUAAAGAGAAAGUCAGUAAACAAGUCGGGUGCAGCAUUGGGUAUUAUUGUGGCCAUUAUAUUAUCCAUAUCAAAUCAUGCUUUCUUUGCCAGCUUGGCGGUAUUUUUCUUCACCUCAUCGAGGGCAACGAAAUUUCGUUCGCAUAUGAAACGUAAAAUUGAAAAGGAUUUUAAGGAAGGAGAGGGUCAACGCAGCUGGGUCCAGGUAUUGUGCAAUUCCGGCAUGGCCACCCAAUUGGCCAUAUUAUAUCUAAUUGAUGUGGGGAGUAGUGAGCGGACAAUUGAUUUUGUUCGUGCCUAUAGAGCCAGUUGGCUGGGUAUUGCAGUGAUGGCGGUUUUUGCCAGCUGCAAUGGUGACACCUGGGCCAGUGAACUGGGCAGUGUCCUGUCGCGUAGUGAUCCUUAUCUCAUUACAACAUUUAAGAAGGUGCCGCGUGGUACAAAUGGUGGUGUCUCCUUGAUUGGUCUACUUGUAAGCUUUUUGGCUGGUGUUGUUGUGGGUGCGGCCUAUUAUAUAACGGUGUAUUUUACCGCUCCCGCCCAUAUGCAUUUAGUGGCACCACCACAAUGGCCCCUCAUUUUAUGGGGUGGCAUUGCUGGCCUAUUUGGCUCCCUUGUGGAUUCUCUGCUCGGUGCCACACUACAAUAUUCGGGCAUAGACGAGGAGGGGAAAAUUGUUGAUAGUCCCGCCAGCAAUGUUCGAUAUAUUAGUGGUUUACGUAUUAUUGAUAAUCAUAGUGUCAAUUUAAUAUCGAGCAUUGUUACGGGUGUGUGUAUACCUGUGGUGGCUAUGAAAUUUUGGCCAGAACGUUAAUGAAAA